AUGGCUUCCCCCGACGCGGCGGCGCCGCCGCCAACGGAGCCCGAAAGGUGGAGAGACCUGGACAUGCUCCUCUCCCGCCCCGGGAACCUCGUUCACUCCACCUUCGAUCCCAGCCCCGUGCUGCGGGACCUUAUUGGGAGCUACGUCGAGGUGCUGGUGGUGGGGGCGGGCGGGCUGGGCUGCGAGCUCCUCAAGGACCUCGCCCUCUCCGGGUUCAAGAACCUGCACGUCAUCGACAUGGACACCAUCGACGUCUCCAACCUCAACCGCCAGUUCCUCUUCAGGAUUCAAGACGUUGGGAAGCCCAAGGCUGAAGUAGCUGCGAAGAGGGUUAUGGAGCGAGUUAGUGGAGUGAACAUUGUGCCCCAUUUUUGUAGGAUUGAAGAUAAAGAGCUAGAGUUCUAUAAUCAGUUCCAAAUAAUUGUUCUUGGUCUGGACUCAAUUGAAGCUCGAAGCUACAUCAAUUCUGUGGCUUGUGGUUUCUUAGAGUAUGACGCAGACGACAAACCAGUCCAGGAGACAGUUAAACCUAUGGUAGAUGGUGGGACAGAAGGUUUCAAAGGUCACGCUAGAGUCAUUAUACCAGGGACGACGCCUUGCUUUGAAUGCAACAUAUGGCUUUUUCCUCCCCAGGUCAAGUUUCCCUUAUGUACCCUUGCUGAGACUCCAAGAACUGCAGCUCAUUGCAUUGAGUAUGCUCAUUUGAUCAAAUGGGACGAGGUUCACAGUGGAAAACCUUUUGAUGCUGAUGAUACAGAACAUAUGCAGUGGAUUUAUUCAGAGGCUUUAAAGAGAGCAGAACUUUUUGGUAUUUCUGGAGUUACGUAUUCUUUGACUCAGGGUGUUGUCAAGAAUAUCAUCCCAGCUAUUGCUUCAACAAAUGCAAUUAUUUCUGCCGCAUGUGCACUUGAAGCUUUGAAGCUUGUCUCUGGCUGCAGCAAAAGCGUGUCAAAUUAUCUCACGUACAAUGGUCUUGUAGGAACUCAUAUUAAAGUCACAGAGUUUGUUAGAGAUACAGAUUGCCUUGUAUGUGGGCCUGGUACCCUUAUUGAGCUGGAUACAACAUCGACACUUUCGGAGUUCAUCAAGAUGCUUGAGGAGCACCCCAAAUUGCUGAUGUCAAAAGCUAGCGUAACGCACGGAGGCAACAAUCUGUACAUGCAGUCGCCAGAAGUUCUUGAGCAGAUGACACGGCCAAACCUGAGCAUCCCCAUGUUUGAGCUCCUUAAAGGAACCCCAUUUGCUACUGUGCAUGUUAGUGGUAUGGCGGAGAGCAAUGGCAAGAAAGUGUCAUCGCUGAGGAAGCUGCGAGUGGCCUUCAAGGGCGUCGAGGAAGCUUCGAAGAUGGAUACAACUGAGAGCUCGUGA